CAUUGGAGCUCUCGUUACUCUUUGGCUCUUUUGAUAUGUAAAUAAAUAUAAAACAAUAAUACAUAUCACUCUUUUCGGUUUGCAAAUUAUUCUAUCUACUAGAAGUUUAAAGUAAGGUUUAGCAGGUUUCACGUCUUCUGCAAUCGAUUGGACCGAAUUUUUGACUUCUUUUGGUUCAAUGACUUCGUCCCUGGUGUUGACUGUCCCAUUCGCUUCUAAGCGUGAAGCUGAAAUUGUUUAUGAUGUCCUCAGAGUGGAUGAAGAGCCUAAACGUGGAGGCACAAAGAAAACGCUGAAGCUAAUCGAUUCAACAAUUGAAGUUUCCUUUGAAGCCCCUGAAGUGAGGCAUUUGAGGGUGGCAUCCAACUCAUUUUUUGAACACCUCAUUCUCGUCCAAGAGACCAUCAAAGCAUUCGGACCACCAAAGACGGAGAAAUAUGAGCACUGGUAGCCGCAAAGAACAGCAGGUGCACACACCCGCACCAACACCCAGCAGAGCAAUCCAGGGCUUGGUGCUGUAUCUAGGCUGUAGGGGUGCAUUUAUAUUCUACCUGAUAUGGGUUUUGAUUCCCGCACCAUGGCUCAAACAAGCAGG